CGCGCUGCUCUGUGUCUCCCCGCAGCGCCGGUGCGCGCUCCCGGAGCCCCACACGUUCCCCUGCAGGGUUCUUGUAUCCGCUGGAGUCUCCGGAGCCCCCGGUGCUUUCCUGGGGUCGGUCCCGCGGCCCCCACUGCUCCGCUCCGGCCAUGGCCGGUAUCCGGGGCCCGCACAGCCCCCUUCACCCUCCUACAGCCCCCUUCACCCUCGUACAACCCCAGCCUGUGCCCCCGAAGCCCUCGCAGCCCCCUCUGCUCCUGCAGAGCCCCCGUCCCAGCUCCCAGAGCUCCUGUGCCCCCUGAGCUGCCUUUCCAGAGCACCCAUGGGUGCCCCCACAGUUCUCCCCUCAGACACAACGCUUUCAUCCUCCCUCUUUUCUCUCUCAGACUCUCUUGUCAUGGUGUCCUGGACCUCAAAGCCGUUGUCUUCACCUCCCGCCAAGGUCCUGGCCAUCUGGUGUCCCCCAGCCCCUUUGUUGUGUCCUGGGGGGCCCUGUGCACAGCCCCUCCACCAGCAGUUACCCUGCAUCCCCAGGUUACCAUGGCACAAACUGGGGCUUCUACUCUUUGCUCUGUGUGUCUCCCCAGACCCCCCAGUGCUGCAGCCACCUCUGUGCCCCUUUGGCCCCUGUGAUGGCCCCAUAUUGGGGUGUCUUUGUUUUUCUUGGGUCUAGACCCCAGCAUAGUCCCUAUACCCCAUCCCUCAUUGCCCCACGCUGGUACUGCAGUUUGCUGGAGGACUCUGGAGCUGAGGGAAGGCUUCAAAACUUGUUUGAGAGCAGUUUCUGAACCUUCAGCAAAUUUUCUUCAUUCCAGAUGCUAAUUCCGAAGUGAUGCAAACUGGAAAUUAGCCAUCAGGAAAAGAAAUGUUAAGCAAUUGAUAUGACCUGAUCCGAGUUUCUUCACAGCUCAGGUUUCACUUCUAGUAAAUGGUGUGUUGUCACCCUGUCCUUUCCCUGAGUUGUUUGGAUUCUCCUAAGGUUAAACAGGAUCCAGAGAAGGUUUUUUAAAACCUUGGUGUUAUUAUUGUUUACACUGUGGCAAGCAAGCACUAGAAAAGCUAACUUUGGGCUAACGUCUCAUUGAGCUCUUUGCCAUGCAAAUGUACAACAACAACACAUGCCCUAAAAAUGCUAGUUACUUUUUUCACGUCUUAAAGGAACAAAGAAGGAAAAAGCCAAUUUGUGUGCUUUUUCAGUGUCCCUUUAAAAGAGCUGUGAAUAUUUGAUCCCAGCACAAAAUCGGGCAAAAGGGGACCAAGGUAAUAUCCCCAAUUUACUGAAUCCUUUGGGCGAAUUGUUUAGCAUCUCUGUAAGUACAUUGCUCUGCCUGUAAAACAGGGAUAACACCACAGCCAUGCAGAUUAAAUUCCUUGGAAACUGCCUGGGGUUGGGAGAGAGGCACGAAAAGCUUCUCCUUGCUCCCCUGGGAGCCUGCCUACGUCAGGCUUUGGACUCGGGGUGAAUUCACAGCACCUUCACAAGCUGCUGCAUGUCCCGGGAGCGUCGGGAGCUAUCUGGGGCCGCAUCUAUAGCCUGUGGCAAAUGCAGGAGAUGGAGAAAAGGGUUGAGUGAAGUUGCAUGAUCCCGCUUCGUGCUGCGCGGCGGCAGCGUGAGCGAUCGCUUCCCGCCGGUCAGGGACAUGGUAGGCAGGUGGGCCCUCAUUCUACAUCUCUUCCUUUCAGUUUUAAGGACUGAAGACAUAAUCCUGCAGUGAAGAGCAGAGAAGCCACCUGGAAGCAGAGCCCCCCGCACCCUCUGUUGUUAUGGCAGGGGGACGGCGGGGUCCAAACCGAACCUCCUACUGCCGAAAUCCCCUCUGUGAGCCGGGGGCCGCUGGCGGCUCCAGCCAUUCCUCCAGCUCCUCUGUCACGGGCGUGCGCUCACGCACCAGGAGCGGUUCAGGGACAGGCCUUUCCAGCCCACCUUUGGCAGCACAGACCGUCGUCCCCCUCCGGCACUGUAAGAUCCCGGAGCUGCCUGUGGAGAGGAGCGUGCUCUUCGAACUUCAGCUCUUCUUCUGUCACCUCGUCGCUCUCUUUGUCCACUACAUCAACAUCUACAAAACUGUCUGGUGGUACCCCCCCUCCCACCCACCCUCACACACGUCCUUGAACUUUCAUCUUAUCGACUUCAACGUGCUGACAGUGACGACGAUCGUCCUGGCACGCCGGCUGAUCAGUGCUAUUGUGAAGGAGGCUUCGCAGAGUGGCAAGGUCUCCCUGCCACGCUCUGUCUUCCUGGUGAUCACUCGGUUUGCUGUUCUCACUGGCACAGGCUGGAGUUUGUGUCGAUCAAUAAUUCACCUUUUCAGAACCUACUCUUUCCUUAAUCUCCUGUUCCUGUGUUACCCGUUUGGCAUGUACAUUCCCUUCCUUCAGCUGAACUGUGACUUUCGGAAGACGGGCCUCUUCUCCCAGGUGGCCAACAUCGGUCCCCGAGAGACCGGCGAGGUGACCUCCAGAGGCAGGGACUACCUCACGGUGCUGAAGGAGACCUGGAAGCAGCACACACGCCAGAUGUACGGCAUGGAGGCCAUGCCCACCCACGCCUGCUGCCUCUCCCCGGAUCUCAUCCGCAACGAGGUGGAAUACCUGAAAAUGGACUUCAACUGGCGGAUGAAAGAGGUGCUGGUGAGCUCCAUGCUCAGCGCCUACUACGUGGCCUUUGUGCCCGUCUGGUUCGUGAAGAACACUCAGUACUAUGACAAACGCUGGUCGUGUGAGCUUUUCCUUCUGGUUUCCAUCAGCACGUCGGUGAUCCUGAUGCAGCACCUCUUACCCGCCCGUUACUGCGACCUGCUCCACAAAGCCGCGGCGCACCUGGGCUGCUGGCAGAAGGUGGAUCCAGCCCUCUGCUCCAACGUGCUCCAGCAUCAGUGGACAGAAGAGUGCAUGUGGCCACAGGGAGUGUUGGUGAAACACAGCAAGAACGUCUACAAAGCUGUGGGUCACUACAACGUGGCCGUGCCCUCGGACGUCUCGCACUUCCGAUUCCACUUCUUUUUCAGCAAACCGCUGAGAAUCCUCAACAUCCUGAUUCUGCUGGAAGGAGCCGUCAUCUUCUACCAGCUCUACUCGCUCAUUUCUUCCGAGAAGUGGCACCAGACGAUCUCCCUGGCUCUGAUCCUCUUCAGCAAUUACUACGCCUUCUUCAAGCUGCUGCGGGACCGUCUGGUGCUGGGCAAAGCCUACUCCUAUUCUGCCAGCAGAGACUCGGAGCAGAAGUUAAAUUAAAACAAUUGCACUGAUGCUCGAGCUUAUUACGAAACAAACAAAACGAGAAAACCCUCAGAGCUUUGUAUUUUUGUUACCACUGCUUUUUUUUUGUUGUUGUUGGUUUUUUGGGAUUUUUUUUUUGGUUUUUCUUUGAUAACUGAUGUAAUUAAAAGGAAAAAAAAAAAAAAGAACAUAUUUUUUUACUCCCAACA